AUGUCCCUCGCACGCGCCCUCUUCGGCCUCUUGUCGCUCUUUUUGCUGUUGUCAAAUGCCAAUGCCGACGGGGCCGACUACCACGAGCGCCUUCUGCUGCGCCCUCUUCCGCAGAACCAGCUUCUGGCCUCCUUCAACUUCCGCAGCAACGCCUCUGCUUCGUCUUUCGAGCACCAGAACUUCCGCUUCUUCCCUCGCUCGCUGGGCCAGAUCCUGCAGCAUGCUCAUACCAAAGAGCUGCACCUCCGCUUCAGCCUAGGCCGCUGGGAUGCCGAGCAAUGGGGAGCCCGACCACAGAACGGAGCGCGUGAGGGCGGAACCGGUGUCGAGCUGUGGGCCUGGGUAGAUGCAGAGACGGAGGAGCAGGCGAAUGCACGCUGGCUGACGCUGGCAAACGCUCUCUCCGGCCUCUUCUGCGCCUCCCUCAACUUCAUUGAUGCCACCAAGACCAUCCGUCCUGUCCAGUCUUUCCCUCCGGAGCGCUAUCCGCCAGUCGAGUCUCUCGAGAACCUUCACCUACUCCACGGAACCCUCCCGCACGAGGUAGUCUGCACCGAGAACUUGACACCUUUCCUGAAAAUGCUGCCGUGCAAGGGGAAAUCCGGCAUCUCGAGCCUUCUGGACGGCCACAAGCUCUUUGAUGCGUCGUGGCAGACCAUGUCUAUCGACGUGCGUCCUGUCUGUCCCGACGACGGCAGUGAGUGCGUCUUGGAAAUGGAGCAGGUUGUGGACAUGGUCUUGGAUAUCGACCGGUCGAAACGUCCGAAGAAUUUACCCAUUCCCAAGCCCAAGCCCAUCGAGGAGAUCCCGUGUGACGAAGAUAAGCCCUAUCCCCGGCAUGACUCCUGCUUUCCUCUCGCAUCUACCUCGGAGCGGGCAUGGAGCUUCAACGAGGUCUUCGGACGGCCAAUUAAAGGCGCAUGUCCUUUGACGGCUGACGGGCCAGCUUCCGAGACUGUGUGUAUCAACGUGCAGCCGGAGCGUGAGAUCAAAGUGGAAACCUCUGCAAAGUACAAAGAAUCCAAGUACGAGGAUGGCUUAUUAAGGUGCUACGAACUGCCUACGGGUGCGGAUUUCGAUCUGGUGCUUCCCGAACAGACGGUGGAAUCCAGCAUUCCUCUGGCUCAGCCGCCCUUGUAUGCGGCUCGCUCAAUCACCGGCUAUGGCCAAGAGCGUGGCGGUCUGCAGACUGUCUUGACAAACCCAUCGAAGACUUCCUCGGUCGACCUGAUCUACCUCGAAUCUCUUCCGUGGUUUAUGAGAACUUACGUGCACACUCUUCGCGCAUUUGUCACUUCCGGAAACUCGAAAGUGGAAUGCCCGGAGUGCAUCAAGGAGAUCUUCUACAGGCCAGGAGUUGACCGAGGCCGAGGCACUCACCUUGAGCUGAUACUCACAGUCCCAGCCAACUCAACAUUGACCUUGACGUAUGAUUUUGAGAAGGCAAUCCUGCGCUACACGGAAUACCCACCAGAUGCGAAUCGCGGCUUCGAUGUGGCGCCAGCCGUCAUCCGCCUCCUCGAUCACGCAGCAGACUCGGACUCGAAGGGUGUUUACCUGCGCACGACAAGCCUGCUCCUUCCUCUACCGACGCCGGACUUCAGCAUGCCAUACAAUGUCAUCAUUCUCACCAGUACAGUCAUCGCUUUAGGAUUUGGCAGUGUUUUCAACAUCCUGGUCAGGAGGUUCGUCGGAGCGAAUGAGGUGGCCGCGUGGCAAGGAGGCGGCUUGAAGGGUGCCAUUGCUGGCAAGAUCCAGCGUUUGAAGGCCAAGUUCCAAGCAAAAGGAUCCAAGGCAGAGUAA